UUUUUUUUUUGUUCCACUUUCUUUUGUAAUAAAAAUGUCGGCUGCAGCACCUGUCAACAUUCGUCGAGCAGACCCCAACACGCCUCUUCCUGCCGAAUACUCAACCACCCCUCAUGGUACGCUUUAUGGCACAACUCCCGGAGGUACAGAUUUGGAGCCAUUGAUUGAAAGCUCCUUUAUUUUCUUUUUCUCUUUUGUUUUUCUUUCCACAUUCAAUGCACAACAUGAGCAACAGUUUUGGUGAACAGCAAAAGAUAGGUACACGUGUUAUUUAUGAUCGGUCGACCCUGCUGGCCUUGUCGAACAGCCAGCUGGCCAAAACUCCACCUACAAAAAUGAUGUAUGUUGCCGGUGUCACCAAGGCCGGUGGGCAGGAAAAUGGUAACAACUCGCUUCAUCCAAGCUCUGCAACAUCCCAUCGACGAGCUGCAGAGCUCAAACGCGAAGAAGAGGCGAAAAAGAAGACCUGUAAGUCUUUUGUAGGAUUGAAGCAAGCGACAGGAGAGAGAGAGUGUGUGUGUCCGUAGUGAUAAAUCGAUUGGUUUCUAACAUGUAUUAUGUGUUUAGACAAUCCGUAUGCCGUCUUGAAC